AGACACUCUGCUAAUGCUUGAGCACAACGCAAGCAUAAUUACCAAUCAAGAUACACAAAUCACAUUCCACUUUUGGGAGGAUCAACAGGGUCCGGCGGGUGACGUACGCCUUCCCUUUCCAGCAGGAACCUGCACGACAAAAUCAGAACCUCCGACCAGCUACUCGAGUCCUUCUUCCAACCACCAACUCUUCCAUCUAGCUCGCUUUGUGGGACAUCUCUCGUUUACAAGUACUUAUAUAUAUCACGUCUUUCAUUGAUUUAUACGCUCUCCUACUUUUACUACCAAUAACCCUAUUUACAUUCUUUUUUUUGGUUGGACCGUGCGGAUCACUUGCAUACUGCCAACCUACUGUCAUUAUGGCAAACAUGCAGCUGUACCCCGGUGAUGACUACAGUCGAUACGGCGGCGCAACCUCGCAAUUCCCCAAGCUCGAGUUACCUGAGCAGCAUACUGCUCAUCUUUCGUCGAGUGCGGACUACCCCUACGCACCGGUCAGCUCCAGACACCCUACAAUCGCACCUUCAGCGACAGCCGGUGUGGCCAGUGGUGCGUUACCUUGGUAUGAUCCCCGUGGAUGGUCGCUGCGGACGAGGUUGAUUGUCGGCGGUGUUGCUGUGGCUGUUAUCGUGGGUGUUGUUGUGGGAGCGGUCGUGGGGACUAAGAGGAAUCGGUACCCGAACUAUAUGCCGUUGAAGUAUAGGCUGGUGGAUGAUUACACGGGGACGAGCUUCUUUGACAAGUUUGAUUACUUCUCGGCGCAGGAUCCGACGGAUGGGUUUGUGCAGUAUGUGGAUCAAACAACGGCUCAGAACCUCAACCUAACGUAUGCCACGGAUGAGUCGGUUCUUGUGAAGGUGGAUACCUCGAACACCUACGCGGCAUCUGGACGUCAGUCUGUGCGGAUCGAGUCCAAGGCUCAGUACAACGAUGGACUGUUCAUCUUCGAUAUCAGUCAUACUCCCUACGGAUGUGGUCUAUGGCCGGCGCUUUGGCUGACGGACGGGUACAAUUGGCCGACGAACGGUGAGAUCGACGUCGUCGAGACCAACAAUCUGGCUACGGAGGGGAAUGCUGUAACGUUGCACAGUACCGCCGGGUGUAAUAUGAAGGUCAAACGGAAGCAGACCGGAAAGCCCAAUUAUUUGACUUGCGAUAAUAGUACGCAUGGGAACGCUGGAUGUGGAGUUCAGGCUGAGCCGCAGUCCUAUGGCGAGUGGUUGAAUGCCCUCGGUGGAGGGGUGUACACCUUGGAGAUGCGGAAUGCAGGUAUCCGGGCCUGGUUUUUCCCACGGGACGGUAUCCCAGACGACAUCACCAACAGCACCCCGGAUCCCUCGACAUGGGGCACGGCAUUGGCCGACUUUCCCAGCACAAACUGCGACAUCCCUUCCCACUUUGCCAACCAAAGUAUCAUUGUUAAUAUCGAUUUAUGCGGUCAGCUCGGCGCCCAGCCCCAGUUUUACACGGAGCAAUACAACUGCCCGGGCACCUGCGAGAAUUUCGUGGCGCACAACGCGGCUAACUUUACCCAAGCGUAUUGGGAGUUUAAGAGUUUCAAGGUUUAUCAGGCGCAAUGAUUGUCGUUCGUUAAUUUGUCGAAUUUGUCGUUCUUUAUUGUUUUCAAUGGGCUUACGAGUGAUAAUUCUGGGUCUUGGGAACUUGGGAAAAGUUAGUUAGACACUUGAUCGAUAAUGUUUAGGAUAGCGAUAAUUGAUUCGGGCAGGGUUCUGGGAAUGCCUGUCUCAGUUUCAUUCAUGCAGAGCAUUUCCUUCGAACAUGUAAGAUUGUUGGGGGCCAUCUUUAGCUCCGCCUGCGCCU